UGCUGAGACCUUGAACAGAGCGAUGUACGGUUUUGCGGCCUCGGUUUGGGAACCGGGCGGCGCCUCCCAGCGGGGCGUGGAAGCCCCAGCUGGCUUCCACCCCUCCCCCGCAACCCGAGCGCCGGUCCCCGCGCCCCGGAAGGCCCUGCUCCCCGCCGGCCGCGCUCCUGCCGCGGGUCGCUCGGUCCGCUGAGGCCUGGUUGGCUCUCAGAGUUGGGCAAAUCCUUGGUCCCCGCGUGGGCGCGGUGGGAGUGGGUCUCGAGCUUUAUGUUGGAGGAUUCUUGGCACAUUUCGGGUUUGCCUUGCAUUAGAUGGGUAUGCGUGUGUUCACACUGGCGAGUUGGUCCGGGAUAUGACCGGAAAUUGAGUGUUCGGCUUGACGGCUGAGGUUUAAGUGGACGCCCACACCAGGUAGCGGUAGACUUGAGAGCGCGUUUCAAAACAAAGAGUUCAGCUGAUUGCGUCUCUGUCCUUGCGACUCGAGGGCCUCGAACUGCAAAGGGAGCUGAGCGCCACAAGGGAUAUUUUACUUCAAAUAAAGAACAUGGUGAAACUAAUCCACACAUUAGCGGAUCAUGAUGAUGAUGUCAACUGCUGUGCCUUCUCCUCUUCCCUCUUGGCCACUUGCUCCUUGGACAAAACUAUCCGCCUGUACUCCCUGAGUGACUUCAGUGAAUUGCCACACUCUCCAUUGAAGUUUCACACCUAUGCUGUCCACUGCUGCUGCUUCUCCCCUUCAGGACAUAUUUUGGCUUCAUGUUCAACAGAUGGUACCACUGUCUUAUGGGACACUCAAAACGGACAGACUUUGGCAGUGAUGGAACAGCCCAGUGGUAGCCCCGUGAGGGUUUGCCGGUUUUCCCCAGACUCCACUUGUUUGGUAUCAGGGGCAGCUGAUGGAACUGUUGUUUUGUGGAAUGCACAGUCAUACAAGUUAUAUAGAUGUGCUAGUGUUAAGGAUGGCUCCUUGGUGGCCUGUGCAUUUUCUCCUAAUGGAAACCUCUUUGUCACUGGCUCCUCGUGUGGAGAUUUAACACUGUGGGAUGAUAAAAUGAGGUGUCUGCAUAGUGAAAAAGCACAUGAUCUUGGAAUUACCUGCUGCGAUUUUUCUUCACAGCCAGUUUCUGGUGGAGAACAAGGUCUUCAAUUCUUUCGACUGGCAUCAUGUGGUCAGGAUUGCCAGAUCAAAAUUUGGGUUAUUUCCUUUACCCAUACCUUAGGUUUUGAAUUAAAAUAUAAAAGUACACUGAGUGGGCACUGUGCUCCUGUUCUGACUUGUGCUUUUUCUCACGAUGGGCAGAUGUUAGUUUCAGGAUCAGUGGAUAAGUCUGUCAUAGUGUAUGAUACUAAUACUGAAAAUAUACUUCACACCUUGACUCAGCACACCAGGUAUGUCACAACUUGUGCCUUUGCACCCAAUAUCCUUUUACUUGCUACUGGUUCAAUGGACAAAACAGUGAAUAUCUGGCAGUUUGACCUGGAAACACUUUGCCAAGCAAGGAUCGCAGAAGAUCAACCAAAGCAAUUUACUGAAGAUUGGUCAGAGGACGAUGUCUCAAACUGGCUUUGUGCACAAGGAUUAAAAGACCUUGUUGGUAUUUUCAAAAUGAAUAACAUUGAUGGACGAGAACUGUUGAAUCUUACAAAAGAAAGUCUGGCUGAUGAUUUGAAAAUUGAAUCUCUAGGGCUGCGUAGUAAAGUUCUGCGGAAAAUUGAAGAGCUCAGGACAAAGAUAAAAACCCUUUCCUCUGGAAUUCCUGAUGAAUUUAUAUGUCCAAUAACUAGGGAGCUUAUGAAAGAUCCUGUCAUCGCAUCAGAUGGCUAUUCAUACGAAAAGGAAGCAAUGGAAAAUUGGAUCAGCAAAAAGAAACGUACAAGUCCCAUGACAAAUCUUGUUCUUCCUUCAGUGGUACUUAUACCAAAUAGGACUCUGAAAAUGGCCAUUGAUCGAUGGCUGGAGACACAUCAAAAAUAAAACUGUUUAUUUUAUAUUGCA